ACACAGUUGAGUCCAUGCUUUCAGACUACGACAUUCUUUCUCAGUCUAGCAUCCAGCAACACUCACUGAGGAAGAGGGACCUCCAGCCCGAGACACAUGUAGAGAGGCUCUUUAGUUUUUCAGCCCUGCAAAGGCACUUUAAAUUAUACUUAACUGCAACUGCUGAACACUUUUCAGAAAAAUUUCAAGCAUUAAUUGUGGAUGGUGAAGGCAAGGAAAAGGAGUAUCGUGUUCAAUGGCAAGACUUUUUCACCGGACAUGUCGUUGGAGAGCAUAAUUCCAAGGUUGUGGCACAUAUUGGGGAUGAAGACUUUACAGUAAGAAUCAAUACUGAUGGUGAAGAAUACAAUAUAGAGCCACUGUGGAGAUUUGUAGAUAAUGUGCCAGGUGAAAGACUGCUGGUCUACAGAUCUGAAGAUAUUAAAGAUUUCUCACGAUUGCAGUCCCCCAAAGUGUGUGGUUAUUUAAAGCUGAAUGAAGAAGAACUGUUGCCAAAAGGACUGGAAGACAGGAAGCAAAAUGAAGCAAGCAUCCAUAGGAAGAAAAGAACUGUUCCAGAGAACUCAAAAAAAACAUGCAAGAUGUUGGUAGUGGCAGAUCAUCGUUUUUUCAAAUAUAUGGGCCGUGGGGAAGAGAGUACUACUAUAAACUAUUUGAUUGAAUUGAUAGACAGAGUAGAUGACAUCUACCGAAAUACUUCCUGGGACAAUGGAGCCUUCAAUGGGUACGGCAUACAGAUAGAGCAGAUUAUCAUCCACAAUGAGCCAAAUCCUGUAAAACCUGGAGAAAAGCAUUACAAUAUGGCAAAAAGUUACCCAGAUGAUAAGAAAGAUGCCUGGGAUGUGAAAAUGCUGCUAGAGCAAUUUAGCUUUGAUAUUGCUGAGAAAGCAGCUCACGUGUGCCUUGCUCAUCUCUUCACGUAUCAAGAUUUUGAUAUGGGAACCCUUGGAUUGGCUUAUGUUGGCUCUCCCAGACCUAACAGCCACGGUGGCAUUUGUCCUAAAGCUUAUUAUAGUCAAACUGCAAAGAAGGACAUCUAUCUGAACAGUGGCUUAACCAGCACCAAGAACUAUGGGAAGACCAUCCUCACAAAGGAGGCUGACCUGGUUACGACGCAUGAACUCGGACAUAACUUUGGAGCAGAGCAUGAUCCUGAUAGUCUGCCAGAAUGUGCCCCCACUGAAGACCAGGGAGGGAAAUAUGUUAUGUAUCCCAUUGCUGUCAGUGGAGAUCAUGAAAACAAUAAGAUGUUCUCAAGCUGCAGCAAAAAAUCCAUCCAUAGGACCAUAGAGAUCAAGGCCCAGGAGUGCUUCAAAGAGCGCAACAACAAAGUGUGUGGGAACUCCAGGGUGGAUGAAGGGGAGGAAUGCGAUCCUGGCCUCUUGUACCAACAGGCUGAUCCCUGCUGCUCUGCAGAGUGUAAACUGAAAGAUGGUGCCAAAUGCAGUGACCGGAACAGCCCCUGCUGUAAAGGCUGCCAGUUUGAAAGCGCACAGAAGAAAUGCCAAGAAGCAAUAAAUGCCACUUGUAAAGGAGAGUCUUUUUGCACUGGGAACAGCAGCGAGUGCCCCCCUCCAGGGAACGCUCCAGAUGACACGGUCUGUGUGGACAUGGGGAAGUGCAAGGACGGGGAGUGCGUCCCUUUCUGUGAGAGGGAGAAGAAUCUGCGCUCGUGCGCGUGCAACGAAACAGAUAAUUCCUGCAAGGUGUGCUGCCGGGACGAGCAGGAUAGGUGCAUACCCUAUGUCGAUGCUAACGACCAGUUCUUGUUCCUGCGCAAGGGGAAGCCUUGCACUGUGGGCUUCUGCGAUACAAAUGGUAAAUGUGAGAAGCAAGUACAGGAUGUGAUUGAACGAUUUUGGGAUUUCAUAGACCAACUCAGCAUCAAUACUUUUGGGAAGUUCCUAGCGGAUAAUAUAGUGGGCUCUGUGCUUGUCUUCUCCUUACUUUUCUGGAUUCCUCUCAGCAUCCUUGUGCAUUGCGUGGACAAGAAAUUGGACAAGCAGUACGAGGAGAACACAAAGUCCCUGUUUUGCCCCAGUAACGUGGAGAUGCUCAGCAGCCUGGACUCUGCCUCUGUUCGAAUCAUCAAGCCCUUCCCCGCGGCGCAUCACAUUGAGGAGGACGGGUUUGAGAAGGACCUUUUCCCAAAUAGCAGCUCGGCCGCCAAAUCUUUUGAGGACUUGACAGACCAUCCUGUCGUGAGGAGUGAGAAAGCUUCGUCCUUUAAACUGCAGCGCCAGAACCGGGUGGACAGCAAAGAAACAGAAUGCUAG